AAAUUUUACAGAAGGAGCUUAUGUUAUUUUUCUUAUUACUAGUGCAAUUACUAGACUUUUACCAAGAGAGGAGCCAAAAACUGUAAAAAUGUUUCCAACCGCUGAGAUCAGUUGCCGUGGUUAGUCGUAGUUAUAAAUUUAAGACGUCUUCAAGAACUUUCUAUAGAAAUGUCUGAUAAAGAUAAAAAGAAAGGGAAAGAAGACAAGGGGCACGAUAGUAGUGCGUUUAUGAAAGAUUUCAUCGCGGGCGGAAUAUCGGCCGCAGUUUCCAAAACAGCUGUGGCUCCUAUAGAACGAGUGAAACUAAUUUUGCAAGUUCAACACGUAUCGAAACAAAUUGCUGCAGAUAAACGAUAUAAAGGUAUUGUGGACGCGUUUAUUCGAAUACCUAAGGAACAAGGGAUAUCAUCAUUCUGGCGAGGAAAUCUUGCAAAUGUUAUCCGAUACUUCCCUACACAGGCGCUUAAUUUCGCCUUUAAGGACGUCUACAAGGGCAUGUUUCUUGAAGGGGUUAACAAAAAUACUCAAUUUUGGAGAUAUUUUGCUGGUAACUUAGCUUCGGGGGGAGCCGCAGGAGCGACCUCGCUAUGUUUCGUGUAUCCUUUGGAUUUUGCACGAACUAGAUUGGCUGCGGAUGUUGGUAAAGGAAAAGAUAAAGAGUUUAAUGGCUUGAUUGAUUGUUUAUUGAAGACAUUGAAGUCUGACGGUCCUAUUGGUCUCUACCGAGGAUUUAUAGUUUCUGUGCAAGGCAUCAUCAUCUACCGCGCUACAUACUUCGGGUUUUAUGACACGGCGCGUGAUAUGCUGCCAGAUCCGAAGAACACGCCGUUGCUCAUCACUUGGCUUAUUGCACAGUCCGUGACAACAUUGGCUGGGAUCACAUCGUACCCAUUAGAUACAGUGAGGAGGCGUAUGAUGAUGCAGUCAGGUCGGCCAGCUCAGGAACGCCUAUAUAAAAAUACACUACACUGUUGGGCGACCAUUUUCCGAACCGAAGGUAUCGGCGCAUUCUUCAAGGGUGCUUUUUCGAAUGUACUGAGAGGCACUGGCGGAGCAUUCGUUCUGGUUUUAUAUGAUGAAAUAAAGAAAGUGCUUUAGAACAUUAUAUUCAAUGGUAGCGUGAUGAGCAGACAGUUCAAUGGCUUUAAUACAACACAAUUGUAAAAUAUUGUAGUACCAUUUGACUUGCGCAGUACAGGUGUCAAGUAAAAGAUUUUUUUCUGCACAAGUUUCAUUUUCUAGAGUUGUGUUCCAGUUCUUCUCUUGAUUGUAGACUACUUACGACUCAACACCAAAGGAAAAAAACUUGUUUGUUUAUGUAAUUGAGUGUCUCGUUCCAUAAACUUAUUAUUUAGUAUGUUAUGGUUAUGGUCUUUACGAUGUGGUAUUUUUAGGAUUUCAUAUGUUAACCUAAAAAUACUGUACAUAUGACUUUGCGCGGUGACUUUGUGUUAAUUUAUUUUACUAUUUAUACUUUGUGUGUACUAUAUAUCUACUUAUAUAUUUUUUAAGAAG